GUUUUAAAGCUAUAGGUUGACCUAUAGCUACCUGGAAAAGCAAAGCACUGAACAUUACAUAACCCAUUCGAAUCAUUGCGGUAGUUUUUCAUCUUAGACAUAGUGCUGAACUGAAAACUUUCAUAACACUGAUGCCAUCACUUCUUUUUCAGCCUUCAUGGAAAGGAUACUACAAGUGUUAAAUAGCAUAAAGCACACCCAGCAAGCCCAUUUGCAAUAUUUCAACGAGCUGCUAAGUAAUGCCAACAGUGCAGCUCCGCACCCUCAUGGCCUCCCAGACCUGCCUUUCUCGAAUGUGGCGGAUGUUCUCGCGUAUGAGGAGAACCUCGAGACAGACAGACAGCCAAGCUGAUGAUCAAAUGAAAAAGUACAUGGCUGUACAAGAGGGAGAUUCGACGAAACAGAGAAGAACACGUGUACUGCAGUCCCUCCUCAGCUGGAAUUCUGCAGUGGGCUUCAGUUGGUUUGGCACAAAGGGAAAAAAAAGAAUCUGUGAACUGCUCCUCUGCAAGCUGAUGUGCGGCGUGUUGACUAAUGACAUCCAAAACCCGAAUGCGAGCCUGAAGGAUGUGGAGAAGGCUGCGAUGACCUGGUUCCGUCAUACUGCUGAGCGGCUUGCCGCGCAACAAAAAUAGUUUCUUUCUUUGUUUGUUCAACUAAUAAGAUAAUCCUGAAGGUCAGUUAUUUGCUGCAAA